AUGCAGACAGAACAACCCAAAGAAACAAGGCCUGUUUACCAGCCUAUUCAUGACUACAGUCAUCCCCAAGUGAACGACACUCAAGUGCCGUGUGUCAAGGAAGAGCAAAAAGAUGAGCAUGAGCAACAGGGAGCAGACAAUCAAGAUAAGACCAGCACAGAAACAGACGUUACAACACAACAUGCAGUUACAGAGAGACCAGCACCGCAAGAGGAGUAUCGUCCUCUCAAUGUCAAAGAUGCACUGACCUACCUCGAUACAGUCAAGGCCAAGUUUUCGUCUCAAAACGAUGUAUACAAUCAGUUUUUGGACAUCAUGAAAGACUUUAAAAGUCAAAUGAUCGAUACACCUGGCGUCAUUGAGCGUGUAUCCACACUGUUUCGAGGCCAUCCUGCAUUGAUAUCUGGCUUCAAUACCUUUCUACCACCUGGUUAUCGCAUCGAAUGUAGCAUAGAUGAUCAAGAGCGAAACGUCAUUAAAGUAACGACACCCACGGGCACAACUUGUAUAACAGAAAGCGAAUCGCUCAACUUGAGAGGCGAUGAUAGCUUUCAACCACAACAAGAGGAUCGCAAAUCGCCUGUCGAGUUCAACCACGCCAUCACCUAUGUCAACAAGAUAAAGAACCGUUUUGCAGGUCAACCCGAUACCUACAAGAAAUUCUUGGAAAUCCUGCAAACAUAUCAAAAGGAUCAAAAACCCAUUGGCGAGGUCUACACCGAAGUGCAAGCACUCUUUGAUGGCUCCACCGAAUUGUUAGAGGAAUUCAAGCAGUUUUUACCUGAGCCCAAGCAACGUAAAAAGAGAUCUGGCCAAAUACCCAAUCUCAGCAUCUCCAAGAGAACCAAGCAUCAUCACAAGACAGAUUUGCAGACAUCAAAUGUAAGAGGAGAUCCAUCCAACAGCAGCAACAGCAGCGACAAUGUAGUCUCCUCUUCUUUAAACGACGAUCUUUCCAGACCCACUUUUUCAGCAGAAGAAGCCGAGUUUUUCGAAAAAGUCAAGACUUACAUUGGCAACAAAGCAACAUACAAUGCAUUCCUCAAGGUGCUCAACUUGUUUAGUCAGCAGAUUGUGGAUCAAAAUGUGCUUGUCAGUCGUGUUGAAAGCUUCAUUGGUGGAAAUACGGAGCUGUUUGAGUGGUUCAAGAGCCUGGUGGGCUAUGAUGGCACAGAUCAAGUGAUUGAGAACAUGCCUCGCAUGCAGCCUGUGACAAAAAACGCUGGCGGCUGUGGUCCAAGCUAUCGUCAUGUUCCCAAAGCAUGGCAGAAUCGAACCUGCUCUGGGAGAGACGCCCUGUGCUGGGAUGUGUUGAACGACACUUACAUUUCUCAUCCUACGUGGGCCUCUGAGGAUACUGGCUAUGUCGCCUCCAAGAAGAACCAGUAUGAAGAAGCACUGCAUCGUGUCGAAGAGGAACGCUACGACUAUGAUCUCAAUAUUGAGGCGAAUCUCAACACCAUUGCAUUGCUGGAACCCAUCGCCAAAAAGAUCAGCAUCAUGACAGCAGAUGAAAAGAGCAGCUUCCGUCUAUCGCCUGGAUUGGGCAGUCCAUCACGCACCAUCUACCAACGCAUCAUAAAGAAGAUUUACGCCAACAAAGGCUUGGAGAUGAUUGAUUUGCUGCACAACAACCCUGCGCAGACGGUGCCUAUCGUGUUGAAGCGUCUCAAGCAGAAGGAUGACGAGUGGAAGCGUGCGCAACGAGAAUGGAACAAGAUCUGGAGAGAAGUGGAAGCUAAAAACUAUUGGAAAUCACUCGAUUAUCAAGGCAUUACAUUCAAAUUGACUGACAGAAAGGCCAUGACCACCCGAUCGCUUGUAGCCGAAGCAGAAGACGCCAAAGAAGCGCAUAAAGUCGACACGUUUCAAUUUGAGUUCUCUGACGCUGCUGUCUUUAAGGAUGUGUCCAGACUGGUGUACUUUUACUUGGACCGUCAGCCCGUGUAUAACCCAGAGGAUUGCGCCUCCAUGCGUGUGUUUAUUAACACUAUGAUUCCCCUGUUUUUCAACGUGAACGAUGUGGAGCCCUCUACAGUGGACAGCGCUGAUAUUGUCAUGGAAGAGAUCUUGGAUGACGAUGCCUCGUCUGUGCAAUCCGAUAAUGAAGUAAAGACAACCGCUACAAGCGCAGCGCGUGCUACCAACAGACGUCCUCGAAGAGCGCGUGGUCAAUUGAACGACGAUGAUGGUUUACUGAAAGAUGUACUGACUCGAAACAUCAAGAAGAAAAAGUCGGGUAGAUCUACAUCGUCGUCUGAAGAAGAAGAUGAGGAUGACCAAGACGAGGACGAAGAGGACGACGACGACGCAUCGCAAACUAACAACAACACAGAGGAGGACGAAGAGAUGGAAGAAGACGAGGACGAUGAGGAUGAGGACGAUGAGGACGAUGAUGACUCAAAUGAACGCUCGCGUCGUCCACGUCGUCGUGCUGCCAGAAGCUCGAGUCAAGGAAGCGGCAAAGGCAAAUCAAAGAAAUCCCAGCGCAUAAGCAAAAAGAAAGCACAGGCCACGUCCACUACUCCACCUAAGAUGGCCACUUUGGCAUCACUGAUUGAAAAGGAGAAAUCGCUGGAACCCGAGAAUCAAAAGACAUACAACUUUUACGGCGAUAGUGGGUUCUACUGCUUUUUUCGUUUAUACCAAAUAUUAUACAAUCGUCUCUGCAAGAUGAAAGCGUUAGAUGCCGAGUUCAGAGCGCAUCCAGAGAGAGCUAAAAAGGCGCACAAGGAAGCCCGUGAUUUAGGAAUCACGCCCAAACGAUUCAAAGCAUUAAAAAUGGAUACAAAGCGGGGUUACUAUAGCAUUUUGCUGUCAUUGAUUGACAAACUAUUUGAGGGUGAGAUUGAUCAGCAAACGUUUGAAGAAUGUGUGCGAUAUAUAUUUGGCGGUGAUGCCUAUAUCAUGUUUACUAUUGAUAAACUCGUGCUGUCCCUGGUGAGAGAUAUUCACAUCAUCAUUGCAGAUACUCAAUCACAACAGCUAUUUGAGCUCUUCAAGAUUGAGAACAGAGCAGAGCAAAUGGACCAAGGCGAUCCCACUACUUACAGAACCCGUGUUGCUGGCAUCAUUGAACCCACAGAAAGUACAUACCACAUUACCUUUAAAUUGAAGAGUCGAACAUUGGCCAUCAAAUUAUUAGAUGGUGCACAUGGCUCAGCACAGGAAAAUGAAGGAUGUAGUGGAUACGAUGAAUAUGUUGCCAACUACAUUGACUGGGCCAAUGAGACCAAGGGCAUCAAUCAAGCGUCUCUGACACCCAGAUUCUUAAAGAGGAAUCUCAAACACAAGGGACACCAAGCCAAGGACAUUGCUGUUCGAUCUGGCAUGCAAUACAAGAUUUGCCGUGAUACUUACCACAUGUUUUACAUUAUCGGUACAGAAGAUGCCUUUGUCCGUCAUCUCUCCAAGCCAUCGAUAGAAGCAGCCACCAUUGCAUCCAAUAACAAGUGGAAUCAAUGGCUAAAUCAGCAUUGGAGCCAAGGAUUAACAGAACAAGAGAAAUCAAUGGCUGAACAACAAGCUCUUUCCUUUCAUCAGUCAUCAUAA